GCAACUUUGUAUUGAGCAGGAACUCGCUUCAGCAUGAUGACCAUUGGGAGCACUCUCCUGCUGCUGCCGCUCCUCACUGGAGCUUGCGCAGCAGCCAUAUCACCUGCGAAUGGAUGGGCAUCGAAGAUUGAGGUUUUCCGUAACCCUGUCUACCCUCUCGAUGUCGUCGACAAGCUGGAAGAGGCUACUAUGCCCAAGAUUGACGAAUGGAUGGCCAAGAAGAUUACCGCGGGCAAAAAUAACAAGUGCACACUCGAAACCGCGGCAGUACGGAGAGAAUGGAGUGAUAUGAGUGAGACAAUGAGGCAGGAAUAUGUCGCUGCCAUCAAUUGCUUGCUGAAAAAGCCACCCAAGUCAGACAAAUCAAGGUUCCCGGGGGCUAUGAGCCGAUAUGAAGAUUUCGUGGCCUACCACAUGACCCACGCGAUGCAACUGCACGAUAAUAUGCACCUCUUCGGUGCUCACAAGUACUACGUCUGGCUGUUCGAGAAAGCGCUUCGCGAAGAGUGUGGAUACACCGGCUAUCAGCCUUAUAUGAAUUACGACCGCUAUGCGCAAGAUCCAGGGAAUUCCCCCUUACUAAACGGAAAUGCUUCCAGCAUUGGAGGUAAUGGAGUGCGGGAUCCAGCAUAUAAGGGCGUCGCUCAACCAGGACGAACGCCCAAUAUCAUUGCAUCUGGUGGCGGUGGAGGAUGCGUCAAGGAAGGACCUUUCUCAGACAUGGUCGUUAAUCUUGGCCCAACUGCGAUGGCAACGGGAGCCAAGAUCCCCAAGAACCCGCGAUCCGAUGGCACCGGCGCCAACCCCCGUUGCUUGCGUCGGGAUGUGAACCGUAAUGCGGCAAUGGGCGCGACUGCCGACCGUGCCUACAGAUUGCUGACCAAACACAACGAUAUGGAUAGCUUCUACAAUGAACUACUAGGGACGCCACCGCCAAAGAAUGAUCCCUACCCCUGGGGAAUUCACACCGCGGGCCACUACAUUGCCGCAGUCGACCCAGGUGGUGAUGCAAUGACUUCUCCCGGCGACCCUCUUUUCUAUUUCCAUCAUACAUCAUUGGAUCGACUCUGGUGGAUCUGGCAAAUGCAGGACCCUGAGAACCGCCUCUACUCCAUCCCCUUUGUGAACAUGAACAUGACGAUGCCUAUGAAACGCGCGGUCGACCCUCACAACGUGACAGUUGACAUGGAAUGGCUUGGCCCCCCAAUCAAGCUUCUUGAGACCCAUGAUCAACUCGGAGGAAACGGUGGCCUUUUCUGUUAUGUUUAUGUUUAGUUUCCUUUAGUUAACGUAGCUGUUACGGAUUUGGGUUUACUGCGCUCUCUUAUUUAGUUAGUUAUCAUAACGCUUGCUGAUAUGUCCGAACAAUGUACGCAAAGUUCUUAUGACCUUAAAUAGACCUUGGUCCUUGCCUCCGUAUCA